ACCAGAAAACGCAUUGAAGCCUAUUGUAUCGAAUUGGACUAAAAAAUGCCCCUUUUGCAAUUUAAUUUAGUAGAAAAUCUGGCCCCAAAAGAAGGUACUAACACAUCAAUUUCUAAAAACGCCAUUUUACAUUGUAAAUUGCGGCAGGUUCAAGGGUAGUGCGAGUGCCUAAUUGGGUGAUUUCCCACACGUCCGCAACCAACGUAUAAGUGGAGAGGGUUGCGUUUCCCUGGCAUUACUCCCUGAACUACGUGUACGACAAGUUGAAAUUGGUGUGAAUAAGUGAAAAUUUGAUCGCCAUGGCCGAACAAACCCCAGCAAAGACGAAGAAGGCCCCCAAGCCAAAGGCACCGGCUUCUCACCCUCCACCACAGCAAAUGGUCACCGCAGCCGUCACUGCUCUGAAGGAUCGCAAAGGCUCUUCACUUCAGGCAAUCAAGAAGUACGUGAAAGCCAACUACAAAGUUGGAGACAACUACGACAUCCAUGUGAAGAGGUGCGUGAAGAACAUGGUCGCCGCUGGCAAACUGUCCCAGACUAGGGGCAAGGGUGCAAGCGGUUCCUUCAAGCUGGACAGCAAGUCCGCUAAGGCCGAUGCCGCCGCCAAGAAGAAGUCAACCACCGACAAGGCAAAGAAGGUUGCCCAGAAAGAGAAGGACAAGGCCAAGAAAGCUGCAAAGAAGGCCAAGGCAGCCGCCAAGAAAGCUGCCAAGACCACGAAGAAACCAAAGUCUCCAAAGAAGAAAACCCCAAAGAAGGCCAAGAAAUCACCCGCCAAGAAACCAGCAGCGAAAUCCUCCAAGAAGACGGCCAAGUCGCCGGCAAAGAAGCCUGCUGCCAAGAAAACCACCAAGUCACCAGCCAAGAAAGCUGCCAAGCCAGCGGCCAAGAAGGCAGCCGGGAAAAAGAAGGCCAGCAAGGGCGCCAAAAAGUCGAGCAAGAAGUAGACGAUGCGUCAACCAAACAACAAACCCAACGGCUCUUCUCAGAGCCACCACAA